AUGGCACGCAAACAGGAACAUUGCGGCAACGGGGAUGUCAAUGAGAAGAACCUCGUCCAAUCUAAUUCAAUAGCGUCAGAUCUGUCCCCUGGCCUGGAAGACGAUAUGGUGGAUCGAGCAGCUGUAUACCUCACACAGGCCGUUGAAUACCCGCCCUUGACUCCCGAGGCGGAGAGAGCUCUCGUCAGGAAGAUCGAUUGGAUCGUUCCUCCUAUGCUCCUGCUUACUGCUACACUUGGGGCAGUUGAUAAAGUGGCACUGGGAACAGCGGCCCUUUAUGGACUAAGGGAAGAUCUGGGUUUGAAAGGCCAGACAUAUGCCUGGGCAGGAUCUAUUCUGCCAAUCGGGUACAUCGAUUUCCGUCCGCCAAGUAUCUUUGCGUUUGCUCCAUUGGAUGGGUUCCUUGAAGCUAUCAUUGUGCCGGGGAUAUCACUACUGAUUGCGGGUUUCUACAAAAAGAGAGAACAGCCGCCGAGAAAUGCCAUUGUUUUUUCCGCUUUCAGUUCUGUUAUCAACGGAUUUCUCUCAUAUACUGUUGGCCGUAUCCCUUCGCCUGCACCAUUGAGGCUGUGGCAGUACCUCUUCCUUAUUGUAGGGUCUGUUUCAAUGGCAUGGUCGAUAUUUGCACUUAUAUUUCUCCCAAACUCUCCAAUGGAUGCCCGUUUCUUGACAGAUGAAGAGAAGUACCAUGCAGUCAAGCGUUUGGCCGAGAACAAAACUGGAAUCGUCAACAAAAGAUGGAAAUGGAACCAAGUUAUUGAAGCCGUUCUCGAUCCAAAGACAUGGAUUAUUUUUCUAUUCAACGUUGCAAUUAAUAUUCCUAACGGAGGGCUCAUAACAUUUGGUGGAAUUCUAAUAAAAAAUUUGGGAUUUUCACCCUUCCAAGCGUCCCUAUUAAACAUGCCUACUGGUGUGAUGUCAACGCUUUCAGCUUUUAUCUUCUCUAGUCUUGCUGCUAGAUGGGCAAAUAGACGGUGUCUUGUCACCAUGCUUGCUGCCUCAGUUCCCGUCAUUGGAUCUAUAAUCGUUUACACCCUGAAGAGAACGGAUAUUCCUGCUCAAAUCAUUGGACUCUACUUUGUGAGUUAA